GACAAGAACAGACAAACUCCUCAUUAUUACCAAACUACCCUUUUCACUACUUCUAUACUAUCUAUAAAUAUAUAAUCUCUAAUUUUACCAAACCAAAACAAACAUAACACCCUCAAACCAACAUUUUCACCACUGCUACUAUACUACUUCUCUCUUUUAUAAAAACGUAUAUAUAACGUAAAGAUAAAGAAAAAAGAGAAAAAUGCAAUACCAAGCAGAUGGUUGGGGUUACUAUGUGGCUAGCGGAAGGUGCAUGGGUGGAGGUGACCCAUUAGAGAGGGUGGCGAGGCUUGCGGCGGAGAGUGCUGUGGUGGUGUUCAGUGUUAGUAGCUGUUGUAUGUGCCAUGCUGUGAAGAGGUUGUUUUGUGGGAUGGGUGUGAACCCGACCAUGUACGAGCUUGACCAUGACACAGUAUUAGGAAAUGACAUUGAGAGAGCCUUAAUGAGGCUACUCGGCAAUUCAACUCCUCUUCCUGUUGUCUUCAUCGGCGGAAAACUCAUUGGUGGUAUAGACCGUGUUAUGGCUUCACAUAUCAAUGGCUCUCUUGUUCCUCUUCUCAAAGAUGCUGGUGCUCUUUGGCUCUGAUCAUGAUAUAGCAAAUUAAUUAUUAAGUACUACUUCAUUAAAAAACAAAAGCAAAAAAGAAAGAGAGAGUGGGGAAUUGUUUUUCGUGAUCUCCAAUUUCGUAUACGUUUGGAAUUAUGUUAUAUUUUAUGUCACAUUUUCGAUCAUUAUUUAUGUCUAGUUAAUUAGCUAAUUAAAAGAGCAAAUAUAAAUAUAAUAUAUAAGAGCUGUUUUUCCGAGGCUUAAUAAGUUAUUUUGUUGAUCAUCUUUGUUUGGGGUUGCACAAUCAUUUCUAGCACUGCAUGUGUUACUAAUUAAGCUAUUAUCCAUAUGAUUUUCCUUUUGUAUAGAAAUGGAACACAAAUUAUUUCCCCAAUUUUAUUUUUUUUCACUUCUCCAAUAAGUAUUUAUAACUAAUGUAUAGCUCUUAGUUUGAACUAUAAACGUGACUCUUGUGAAAUUUGGUCAAUAAUUAAUUAAUUAAAGAUUAAUUUCUGUAGAAACACGUUUUUUUCGUAAUGAAUUAGAUAAAUAAAACAGGAACAGCUAUUGCCACGUACGCACGCAAAGCUUGGAAAUCUGCAAACCAAAUAAUCUAUUUGUUGGGUAAUGUAAUGUACCUAAUUACAUCCUAUAACUUUAAACUUUAGUUG